CAUUGAAAGUGUAGCACGCUCCGGCAUCGAGUUGGUGAAUCAGUACAAACAUUUUUAGUUUUUGGCUUAAAAGUGGUGCAAUUACGUACGAAUUAUUUUUCAUAAACGAAAGGAACUCAUUUAAAUCAAAAGUGAUCAUGGCUUUGCGUGCUGAGUUUGAGAAUAAUGACGAUAUCGGUGUGUUCAGUAAACUUACCAACUCAUACUGUCUGGUUGCAAUCGGCGGUUCAGAAGCGUUCUAUAGUGUGUUCGAAUCGGAGCUUGCAGAUGUUAUUCCAGUCGUACACACUAGCAUUGCCGGAUGUAGAAUAAUUGGCCGUCUGUCGGUUGGCAACAAGAAUGGUUUAAUCGUUCCCAACAGUACCACCGAUGUAGAGCUGCAACACUUGCGAAAUUCCUUGCCGGACGCAGUUAAAAUUCAUCGCGUCGAGGAACGAUUAUCGGCACUGGGAAAUGUGAUUGCAUGUAACGACUACGUUGCUUUGGUGCAUCCCGAUAUCGAUCGUGAAACGGAAGAGAUCAUUGUCGAUACACUAGGCGUUGAAGUGUAUCGUCAGACGGUAGCGAACAAUGUACUCGUUGGUGCAUAUUCCGUAUUGAGCAAUCAGGGUGGACUCGUACAUCCGAAAACACCGAGCCAAGAGUUGGAUGAAUUGGCUUCACUUCUACAAAUUCCUCUCGUAGCUGGAACAGUAAACCGAGGUUGUGAGGUGUUGGCUGCAGGUAUGGUGGUUAACGAUUGGUGUGCGUUCUGUGGCACCAGCACAACCUCGACUGAGCUGUCGGUGGUGGAAAGCGUAUUUAAACUGAACGAUGCACAACCUUCCAAUGUCACCAGUAACCUUCGAGCAUCCCUAAUCGAGGCGAUGUCGUAAAACGGCUCAGGCUGCAUGUGUUACAAAGAUAACAGCGACGGUUCGAGUGUUGUUUGCGUAAAUCGAUCGUUGAUCGUUAUCCGUGAGUAGGAAACGUCUGCUGGUUAAUGGGAGGCAUACAUUCUAAUAUUUGGAACGAAUUGAUAUAAAAGAUUGUACAAACCUAACCCCGUGGUGUAUGGUUCCGAGAUACAAUAUAACCGUAUUCUUAACGUCAUAACAAUUUUUUUUCUUACCGUAAAUGUUCGGAUUAUUCUAACACAUGAUCACUUCCAUAAUUUAUCUUUUGGGCACUACAACGAACGAAAGUUGGGUUUACAAAACAGUUUAUAUAUACUUUUUUAUUUUGAAAAUCAUGUUUAUACCGAACAAUUAGUUAUAUGAAAAUACAUCUGAUACGUGACCCAACU